CUGAAGUACUAUUUGUCGAUCAGGCGUCGGCUUUUUUCUUGCAAAACCUCUGCACCGAGUAGAAAGGACAACAUUCUUGGCAGAAAUCUGAUCAAAAUGACUAUAAAAUUCGGAAUCAACGGAUUUGGACGAAUUGGACGGCUGGUUUGUCGUGCUAGUUUGGAGAGAGACGAUGUCCAACUUGUCGCAGUCAACGAUCCUUUCCUUGAUGCAGAGUACAUGGCCUAUCUGUUCAGGUAUGACUCCACCCAUGGCCGAUUCAAAGGCGAGGUGAAGGUGGUGGAUGGAAAACUGAUCAUUAAUGGCAAGACAAUAGAGGUGUUUGCCAACAAAGACCCAUCAACCAUCCCAUGGGGAAAGCAUGGUGCCGACAUUGUUAUUGAAUCUACUGGUGUUUUCACCACCAUCGAGAAGGCCGGUGCUCAUCUGAAAGGAGGUGCAAAGAAGGUUAUCAUCUCCGCACCCUCUGCCGAUGCACCUAUGUUUGUUAUGGGUGUUAAUGAGGAGAAAUAUGAAUCCAGCAUGAAUGUUGUCAGCAAUGCUUCUUGCACUACCAACUGCCUUGCUCCUAUAGCUAAAGUCAUCAAUGAUAAUUUUGGUAUUGAGGAAGGCUUGAUGACAACCAUCCAUGCCUAUACUGCCACACAGAAAACUGUUGAUGGGCCAAGUGGAAAGCAUUGGCGUGACGGAAGAGGUGCUCACCAGAACGUUAUUCCAGCAUCAACUGGUGCAGCAAAGGCAGUCGGUAAGGUCAUUCCAGAGCUGAAUGGAAAGUUGACUGGCAUGGCAUUCAGAGUUCCUGUGCCUGAUGUGUCUGUGGUAGACUUGACCGUUAGGCUUAAGAAAGGAGCUUCAUAUGACGAAAUCAAGAGUGCUGUGAAGAAAGCCUCAGAGUCCAAAGAGAUGAGCAGAUUCCUUGGUUACACUGAAGACGAGGUGGUGUCCAGUGACUUUAUUGGCCACACAACCUCCAGCAUAUUUGACGCUAAGGCUGGCUUGGCCCUGAAUGAUAAAUUCGUCAAGCUGGUUGCCUGGUAUGAUAAUGAAUAUGGAUACAGUCAUCGUGUAAUAGAUCUUUUGGUCUAUAUGACAAAGCGUGGCUAGCACUGUCAAGAAAACCAAACUAGACAACUUUUGAUCAAUAGAUACUUGAUAAAAAAUCUUUAACAUGA